AGAUGGUAGCAAUAUUGACCUUUUCGUGCUUUUAUGAUUUGUAUGCUUAAUGAUUGAAAUAUAAUUCAGUUUCUGUAUUUGCUCACAUUCAGCUUUUUGGAUAAUUUAGUAGUCCUAUUUUCAUUUUGUUUUUCUCCAUUUAUACAAGUCAAAAUGGAGGUUGAUCAAGAGCAAAUCGAGAGUUUUGGAGUUUUGCUGAAGCAAGGUGCCGAAGCUAGGAUCUUCGAUUCAGACUUUGUAGGGCGUCGAUCAAUUGUUAAAAAUCGCUUUUCAAAGAAGUAUAGACAUCCUGCUCUGGACUCAAAAUUGACUCUUAGACGUCUGAAUGCCGAAGCUCGCUGUAUGACAAAAGCAAGAAAACUUGGUGUUCCCACUCCUGUCCUAUAUGCUAUUGAUCCAUUGCUGCAUACGCUUACACUUGAAUUUGUGGAAGGAAAAGCUGUGAAAGACAUACUCCUUGACUUUGGGUUGUAUGGCAUAAAUGAGGAGUUGAUGAAUGAACUCGCCAAACAAAUCGGUGUUGCUAUUGGGAAAUUGCAUGAUGGCGGUCUAAUUCAUGGUGAUUUGACGACAUCAAAUAUGAUUAUUCGUGAAGGGACUAAUCAAUUGGUGCUAAUUGACUUUGGUCUAAGUUUCACAUCAACUAUUCCUGAGGACAAAGCUGUUGAUCUAUACGUGUUAGAGAGAGCUUUAUUAGCUAUGCAUUCUUCAUGUGGGAAUGUGAUGGAUAUAAUACUUGCUGCAUAUAGGAAGUCUUCAAAGCAGUGGUCAUCUACAAUGAACAAGUUAGCUCAGGUGAGAUUGCGAGGGCGGAAGCGAACGAUGGUAGGAUGAUUCUUCUCCAGAACAAAAGCUCAUCCCAUUCACUUCAGCAACAUCCUUUGUAAUUUUCUACUUAAAUGUAAGAUGCCAUUUUACUUGCUUGGAUGUUAAGACUACAUAAGAUUUGUUUUAAGGCAAACUUGUAGCUUUCUACUUGAUUGUAAGAAACCAUUUUACUUUUGCUAAGAAUCCAAGAUAUCUUUUAAUUCUGUAGCUGAGAUAAACUUUGAUUUUAUACUCUACAUAAGAUUUGUUUUGAUCUUGAGGGGACUACAAAGCUUCAAAAGUCA